GGCCAGACACCAAUGAAUCUACACGGACCUACCGACCGACCAAGGGAGCGGAGAAAAGUCUGGCGCACUCACACGGCUUUAAUCUCCACAAACAGAGCGGUGAACCAACGCAAAGUGUGAAAAAAGAAGUUCGGGUUUCAGUGUAGUCCGCUUCCUCUCGGCUUCACCUCUUCAGCUCGUGGAAACCAAUGUGGGAUAGUGAUUGGAGUUGACAAGCCCGCUCCACUACUGUAUCUCCUCUCCCCCUCCUCUCCCGCUCCAUACAACCAGGAAAUCGUCGAGGUGUGCUUUCUUUUUUACCGCUAGUUGCUACCCCGUUUACGGGUGUAGCUGCGCCUUUUUUCGCUUAUUUUUCUCGUUUUUUUAUUCCACUAGUUUGACUUUAAAAGCCGGUCAUCAGCUCUGAAGUCAGCCAAACUUGUCUAAGAGGAGGAGAUCUCCACUCUGGCCGAACAAUGAGUGAGUCGAGUAUUUGCCAGGCUCGGGCCACUGUGAUGAUCUAUGACGAUGGCAACAAGAAGUGGCUGCCAGCAGGCGCUGGACCCCAGGCCUUCAGCAGAGUCCAGAUCUAUCACAACCCCUCCACCAAUGCCUUCAGGAUAGUCGGACGCAAGAUGCAGACGGACCAACAGGUGGUUAUAAACUGUCCAAUCGUGAGAGGUCUCAAGUAUAACCAGGCCACACCCAAUUUCCACCAGUGGCGUGAUGCCCGACAGGUGUGGGGGCUCAAUUUUGGCAGCAAGGAGGAUGCUGCUCUAUUUGCCAACGGCAUGGCUCAUGCUUUGGAGGUGCUCAACUCCAUGGCAGACGCAGGCUAUGCAACCCUCCCACGCCCAGUGACAAAUGGACCUACUCCAGAGGAGCUUGAACAACAGCGGAGGUUGGAGCAGCAGAGGCUGGAACAGCAGGAACGGGAGCGACAGGAGAGAGAAAGACAGGAGCGGGAGCGGCAGGAAAGAGAGAGACUGGAGAGAGAAAGACAAGCUGCUGCAGUCAAUGUUCCUCCAGCUCCACCAAUGGCCCCAGGAGGCCCAGUUCCUCCACCAGCCCCUCCUCCACCCCCUGGCCCUCCUCCUCCGCCAGGCCCUGGCGUCCCUCCCCCGCCAGGACCACCCCCACCUUUAGGAGGAUCUUUAGGAGGACCUCCGCCUGCCCCGCCACUGCCUGCUCCUGGUGGAGGAGGAGGAGGAGGAGGAGGAGGAGGAGGUGGCAGUAGUGGAGGAGGAGGUGGAGGAGGUUUGGCGGCUGCCUUAGCAGGAGCUAAACUACGCAAAGUAUCCAAGCAGGAGGAUGGAGGCUCUGCAGGUCCAGUGGGCAGAGCUGACUCCAGCCGCGGCAGCAACUCUUCUAUUGGAGGAGGAGGAGGAGAUCUGAUGGGUGAAAUGAGUGCCAUCUUGGCACGAAGGAGAAAAGCUGCAGACACUGGAGAGAAGCCACCUGUGAAGACACAGGAUAAUGAUGAUUCAGAGCCUCAAGGUCAAAGCGACACUCUGAGAAGACCUUGGGAGAAAUCGACUAUGACCAGGCCAAAGCCUGCUGGCAACAACAGUAAUGAUGCAGGUGGAUUGGAUGACUCAGAUUUAGAGAAAAUGAAACAGGAGAUCCUAGAGGAGGUGAGGAAAGAACUACAAAAAGUCAAGGAGGAAAUUAUUAGAGCCUUUAUUCAGGAGCUGCAAAAGAGAAGCACAUAGUUCUACUGAGUGUCAGGUGUAACGGAGGGAUGUGAUAGAUGGAGGUGGUUGAGGACUGUCGGAACCUCUCCUCCACUGCGCCCUCCCAUGUAGCCCAGGGAUUUCUCUUUUUCUCCUACACAUUUUUCUCUAUUCUCUCUCUUACACAAACAUGUGAGCAUACUUGCUUAUGUGUACAUCAUGCAUAUUCACUUCAUGUAAAAUGGUAACCCAGGGAACCUCCUCACAUCGCCAUCCGGCACAUUUGGCGAUCACUCACUAAUACUAUGGCGGUGAUCCCAUCUCUCCCCUGUUUAUUCAUCCCGUCCCCUUGUGUCCUCUGUGUGCUCUGUUGAUCUAAACCAAUUCAGAGCACAUAGCUACAGCCACAGUUGCGCUUCCCAUUUGUCAUCAUGUACACUCAUCAUAACCCUCUUUUGUGUGGAAAUCCUGCUACUUGUGUCUUCUCCCUUCUGCUAUCAGACGCACCAUUUACUUAUGGAGCAGUCUUCAGUAUUCAGGGACAAUGUAUUAGUCACAUUUUUACUGUAAAAGCAAGAUGCUGGCAUGCUGGGAUCCUUUUUCUCUCCUUUUCAGUUGGCAAAUAAUUGUUCAACCUCAAACACUGCUACAGAUAGUUCAUAGACAUCUGCUAGUAGGUUAUUGUCUCUAACGGUAGUUGGAGGUGGAGAACAACAAUAAUCGAGGAUGGAUCAGAGACCCCAACUCCCUGACUACUGCAAUGUCUCUCCGUCAAGUGGACUUUCAGCUCCCAGCAACGGCUAAGAACUAAAAACAGCACAACAAUAGCCUUCACUGCUGCAAGAUAGAGAAGUUAGAGGAAAAGAAGACAAGCAAAGGGAAUCGGAUGGACAACCUGAGUGCUGUGAAAGAGGAGUGUGUUGUAGUUUUAUGACGUGUGAGAAGUUUAUUCUCUUUGCAUUGCACUUGUUCCAGAGGAAGUGUGUCUGUGUGCCACACUGCCUUGACAGACUAUUCCCUCUCACUCAAAAUGAGAUAUUUGUUGGCCAGUGCAGUGGUCCUACACUGUGCUCCCGCUAGUUAUUUUUCUUCCAUUCUAGCUAUGUUUUCUAACUUUGAAACAUGAAAAAUGGCCAUGAUGAGGUCAAUUAAUUUGGCCACAACCAACUGCCUUGAAAAUAAAUAUAUAAAUAUAUAUAUAUAUGGAAAAAUAUAUAUUUGUUUUGAGGGAAAAUGUUAGCAAAAAUGAAAUGGUGUUUCUAUUUUAAUUGAAAUGACUGGUGAAUGGGGAUUUUGUUUUCCUUUUUUCAAUGAUUGUUUUCUUAUGAAAUGUUAUUUUGGGUUUACUGUUUCUUUUUUCUAAUAGAGUCUAGGCUUUUUACACUGAAAUAUUAAGAAAACAGCUUAGAGACACUGGAUUAGAAAUGCCUUUAUAGUCGAAUACAGCUGCUUCUUGAAAUGCA